AUGAACCAAUCCCACUGUACUAUGGGCCCCGAUUUCCAGAGUGCUAAUGGCGGAUGUGUAUGUCAAUAUAGUUUUGUUUACUACAAAAUAUCACAAAUAUUUUACCACGAUCAUCAGUCUGGUGCGUCUUUAGAGGUAGAUGAAGGUGUUAGCAUGUCACGCAAUCACAAGGAUAAGUAUGAAAAUACCAACCCACGUCGCGCUCACACCAUUAUGUCAAGUGAGGAUGCAGCUGCUGGAAAGAAAUCUCAUUGGCCGGAAUUGGAGAUAACAGGGACUAUUAGGAACUUAAGCCCAAAUCUAUGGCAUCUUACACACCUGACAUCAUUGUACCUGAACGACAACUGCCUUUCAAGAAUCCCGCCGGACAUCUCGAGGUUGGUCAACUUACGUACCCUUGACCUGUCCAGUAACAAGCUGCGUAGCCUGCCAGCUGAACUCGGUGAACUCAUCUACCUCAGGGAACUCCAUUUGAACAACAACCAUCUUCGCGUUCUCCCAUACGAAUUGGGAAAGUUGUUCCAGCUACAUGUGUUGGGUCUUCAAGGAAAUCCACUUACCAAGGAGAUCCUCACAUUGUAUGGUGAACCCAAUGGCACACACAAACUCCUCACCUAUAUGCUGGACAACUUGCAAGUGACAGCAUCUAAUCCCCCGCGGCGACCAUGGAUCCCACUCACGCGACCCAACAGGACGAGACCUGCAUGUAUAUUCACGGUGAUGUGUUACAACGUGUUGUGUGAUAAGUAUGCAACUCGGCAGAUGUACGGUUAUUGCCCGAGUUGGGCCCUGGAGUGGGAAUACAGGAAAAAGGGCAUCUUAAAUGAGAUCCGGCAUUACGCGGCAGAUAUAAUCAGUCUCCAGGAGGUUGAAACCAGUCAGUUCUACAAUUUUUUCCUUCCGGAACUAAAGAAAGACGGCUAUGACGGAAUAUUCUCUCCAAAAUCUAGAGCCAAAACAAUGGCAGAGAAUGAACGGAAGUUUGUCGACGGAUGCGCCAUUUUCUACCGGACAGCGAAAUUUUCACUUAUCAAGGAACAUCUGGUAGAAUUCAACCAACUGGCAAUGGCUAAUGCUGAAGGUUCAGAUAAUAUGCUAAACAGAGUUAUGCCAAAGGAUAACAUUGGGCUUGCAGCACUGCUCAAAACCAAGGAGGCUGCCUGGGAUAAUGGACUGCCACCAGAUGUGAGUCAAGUGCACCAGCCCAUUCUGGUAUGCACUGCUCAUAUUCAUUGGGAUCCAGAGUUCUGUGAUGUCAAGUUAAUCCAGACCAUGAUGCUGUCCAAUGAGCUACGCAGUAUUUUAGAAGAUGCGAGUCACAGUUUUCGUCCAGGGCACAAACCCGACACAAAUAAUAUCCAGUUAUUGUUAUGUGGAGAUUUCAACUCAUUACCUGAUUCAGGAGUGAUUGAAUUCCUGACAUCAGGACGUGUACCUGCAGACCAUAAAGACUUCAAGUCCCUUGCCUACAAGUCUUGCCUGCAAAAGAUCUCAGGCUGUGAUAAACCAAAUGAAUUCACACAUUCCUUCAAGCUGGCCUCAGCAUACAGUGAAGACAUAAUGCCAUUCACCAAUUACACAUUUGAUUUUAAGGGUAUUAUUGAUUACAUCUUCUACUCAAAACAGAGCAUGACUCCUUUGGGUUUGCUUGGACCAUUAGCUCCUGAGUGGCUUAGGGAGAACAAAGUGGUAGGGUGUCCACAUCCGCAUGUGCCAUCAGAUCAUUUCCCCCUCCUGGUAGAAUUGGAAAUGACCUCUACAGUGCCUGCUUCUUCCAAUGGAUUGAUCCCACGAAGGUAGCAGCAGGCAAGGGUGCUCCAAGGUAGCACUGGAAACAGGAAGCAUGCUCGCAACCCCAGAGACUGAGUUCAGUUCAGUGAGCACCAAUAAUGCACACUGAGGCAGCUUUAAUUUCAUCAAUCAACCCUUAAUGGGCUGCAUUCAGAAAACUUCUGUUCUUAACAUGGAUUCUUUCAGUUUUAUGGAUCUAAAACUAUACAAAGUAGGUGACUGUUACAUACCAGUAACACAGCACAUUGUUGUAUUCUGUAUUGCUCCAUACUCUCCCCAGCAAUUUGAUUGUUUUCAGUAAAUGGAGGAUGUCCAUUGUUUGUUGUUCAAUGUGCAAUAUUGGCAGCUUUGACAAUAGAACAAUAUUAGUUAAUUUAAAAUUUCACAUAAUGUUGGUUAUCAGAAAUGAAUUUUUGACUUUGCUUAUGGGUAAUGUACAGUAUGUCUUCAGCUGAAUGGUGAUGUGUCAGCUUAUGUUUGGUAAGGUAGACAAGUCAUCGGUGAAUGAAUCUCUAUACUGUGAAGAUCUUGUUGAUAACUGCAGUUUCUGAAUUCAUGCAGCCUUAUUCAUCCGUCAUCGAAAAUCAGUGUGAAGUGACACAUCAUAAUGUGAUGGACAGUUUUUUAAAGAAAAAUUAUGUGUUUAAGAACAUAAUUAUAUUAUUAAUUGAACCUCUGCGUGAUUGAUGCAGUGAAUGAAUUUGCAGAAUUCUGGGAAAAGAAUGGAAAUAUAAUAAAGGUCAUUAUAUGUUGAAAUCUAUGUUGCUCAGUAUAAAUGGCGUCAGUGAUGAUAUUGAGUUUAAAAAAUGUAAGAUAUAAAGAAAAAUAGUGAAUUUAUAUACUUCGAUGUACUGAAGGUGCCUGACAAGGUAAGAAGUACAUAAAGUGUUGAUAAUUAUAGUUUUGCACAUUGCCAAUAGCAAUAUUAAAACAGUGUGAUGACAUUAUAGGUGUCCAAAAUUCAAACGAACUAUUUAUAAACGAACCGUAUAUGAUACAAUGGACAUUUGGGCUUACAUCUGCUACCAUUCAAAUGACUUUGGUCAGAGAACGAGCAGCAGGAAUUAGGUAUCAUUUUCAGAUUAUGAUCAUUGACUAUAGCAUUCUCUGUGAGCAGCACAGUUUUUCAGUAGUCUUGCUUAUCAUCAGUUGUAACUUUUUGCUUUUUCCAUAUUUUACCAGAUUUCAUUUCAGUAAUGACAGUACUUCUAUGGAGGAAUAGUCUUGAACUCUUCUUAUUUGUCUGUAUUUUUGUCAGCAGCUCUCUUCAGGGAUUUCCUUCCACUUAUUCAAGAACCUGUAUGAUAACAAGCAUGUUCAUUAUGGAGUUAACACAUUUUAGGGGCCCAAAUGUAAGUUUUUAUGUCACAGUAUGAUCAGCUUCAGUUCAGCGCUUCAUGGAGAUCAAUCUUGAAAGGUUAUAUGAAUUAUAAGUUUGUAGUUCUCAGUUUCAUACCAUAGGUUUGUGUUAUGACAUGGCUUAGGCCAACCAAAAUCACUCAGUUAACGUUCAAGACCUUUUACAUUUUCAGCUUAAAUGUGUAGAUAUACUCUUGACAAUGAAGGUAGGUAUGUGUUUCUUCAAAUAUUUUUUAUGGUUUCUUAGAAUACCUCACAUCUGUUGACUGAUUUCAAAGUGCAUCAUGUUUUGUGUUGUGUAAGAGUUGUAGAUUUCCCUUCGGAGGAGGAAUAAAUUGGAUGGGAACUGUUGGAAUUUGUGUGUAUAUGUAAGCGAAGACAAGGUCCUUUGUAUAGAAUGGUGAAUAUGAAUUAUGAUUAAUAUAAUCUUUAUUGGUGCCAGCUUCUUGCAUACCUUUAGUUCCUUUGCUGCAUUUUGGGCUAAAUUUGCUUCUCCAACUUAUUUAGAGGAGUCAUACAUUCAUUAGGUAUCUUUUGUCAAGUAUAUUAUGAAAAUUAAUAUGUUGGUGGCUAUGGUUUUAAUGUGGAGCACCAAGUUUUUUAAAUUUCGUUCGUGUAGCAAGGUUUGCAUAGAGGAUACCUUGGAAAGUGACCAGGUGCAUAAAUAAAUAUAUAUAUAAUAGUCAGUUCCCCUAAAGGAGAUAUAAUGCGACAGGAAGGUACUGCAAUAAUGAUUAUAGUUUUAUACACUAUUUGGUACAUCAGUGAUUAUCUUUAUGGUAGUUGUAAUUAAGAACAUCCCCACUGCCUACAUGAAAAUGACAUAAUUCAGAUGCAGUCCCUGAGCAAGCAGGAAAUCUAUUAUGUAGAUUGCUUUUAGGUGAGAAUGCUAUUCUGAAACUAGCAGUUAAACAUUCAAAGUCAAGGUCCUCUACAGUUAUGGAUCACUUUCCAUAGCAUAGUACUACUACUUUACCUUAUGGAAACUGGUCUGUGAAUAUUUAGUUUAUGUCUCCAGAUAGAAGUUAGUGAAGUGAUUCAUUUGGCUGAGUUGGAUAUUUUAAUUCCCUCUGCACAAGCACACGAUUUGACAUUGAAAUAUAUUAAAUUCUCUUCAGUCACAGCAGGAACCUACAGGAUUUUAGGUGCAUAUUAAGAUACAGACUACCUCUACCUUGAAGAUGAGGCAAGGCAGCAGGUUCCUGCAGAUGGUGGGUACUUACUACCAUACUGCAGGGGGCCAAAUAUCCAAGAACAGAAACUUAACUGUAAACUGGUUUUAUGACAGGAAAAUUUUACCAUGUUUUUCAUUGCUUAACACAUAGCACAUAAAAGUGAUAUAUAGUUCAGUGGUAUGAAUAAUCAUAUAAUAAAGCAACAUAUAAAAUCUUAAUUUCGUUGAGAAAAUUGUGAGAGCACUUUAAGCUUUUCCUAUAUCAGUCUGACUCCAUGGAGUUGAGCCGUUCUUGAGAAGCUGGCAGUUUUGCAGCUACUCAAGAAUUUCUCAA